UUGCCUCUGCUUCCCAUCCCCUCUCCUCCCUCUCGACGCCUUACCCCUACCUAUAAAGACUUAACUCGCUCCAGUUGUCUCUGUAAUAUGCGGCUGAACAAGACGAAAGAGCGCGAAGUGCGAUGGGUAGGUUCGCCCUCAGCUCUCCUUUUUGAUCUUCCCGGCCACGAGCCAUAGGCGACGAUUGGAGACAAAGCCUGUCGGCAAAAUGCUUUACACACAUACCUAGGAACUGAAAGCAAAUCUAGCUGUUGGCUACUUCAUCUCUCACAAAGCAAAGAAAAAAGGGCAAGUUUGCGGUGUUACAUUUAAUCAUUUGUUCCAUGAAAAAGGUUCCUAUUUAUCGACACAUCUCCAAAUAGAACUUCAUGCUUACUGGACCUUAAUGAAGAUAAUCUUAAUUGGCUCUUUGUUAAAACCAUGGUUAUUUUCCUAAAGAUUUCAGUUGAAUAUCCAGUACAUAACUCGUAACUGCGAAUAAGGGCAUCGGGGAACAGGGUUGGUCACAUACGAUGAAGAAGCCUCUUAUCAAUCGCCUGAUUGUACAGAAACUAUGGAAACUUGGGUCUAAUAACUGAGCGAGUUUCUCAUUAUGCGUACUCCCAUGUCAGUGAAUAACAAUUGCAUUUUAGAAACCGUGUUUUGUGCUCACUGCAAAAGUUAAGAAUUACCGUUUCACUCCUAUAGAAAUAUUUUGUCUUCAAAUAUAUUUCUUUUUUUCUCCGUAACUAUGAUAAAGUUCAAUUUAAUGCAAAUUCAAUGACAGGACGCGCAAACUUUAAAUACCAGAACAAAGACAUUAUGGGAGGAAAGUUAUAACGGUUUACUGCUGGAACACGAGGUCUUUCAGAACAAUUUCAUGGAGUUACAAGACAAAUUAGUCGGAAUGCAGGAAGAGUAUGAAAACUCACAGAAGGAACUUUUGAGUUGCAGCAAAAAUUAUAGCAUCAAGGUAUGUAAAUUGGAGAUGCAGCUACAGAACGCAAGAAAGGAAAGAGAAAACCUUAAGACUCAGCUUAAUGAAUCACGCGACGAACUUCGCGAAGGCAAAGAACUGAACUCUUUGCUACAGAAGGAAGUUCUCAAGAUACAGCACCAAGCAGAUAGCCAUAAAGAAGAACUUGUGAGCAAACAAACACAAGUGGAAAAGCUUGAAAAUGCCAAUAGAGACCUUGUGUCAAAAAUUGCUGAUCUGAAUAGGCAGAUUUCCCAACGGAGAAUGGCCUUUGAAUCGCGUGCAGAGAAAGGUACAGAUGUUGAAACCGAGCUAAGUUGGUUUCAGUCAAAAUUUAAUGAGUUACUUGCAGUUUUGGAAUCUUUGAAAGCGGAAGAUUAUGGCCAUCAAAGAGACUAUUUGGUUGCUCCCGUUAAAGAGCUUACCACAAAAGAGACUGAUGAGGAGACGCUAGACAGAAUCACGGAGCUGGAAUUGGAAAAUUCAAAAUUGCGUGGCACCAUUGCUGAACUAUUAUCAGAAAUGUCUGCGCAAGAAGGAGAAGGAUUGAACAUGGAACCCAUCUAUGCUCAAGAUGAUAUAGAACAGCUCACACAGAGGCUAGAAGAAUCUUCGAUACAAAUUAGUCAAUUAGAAAGCAGUUUCGAAGCAGCAAUUCGCGAGGGAGAUGAUUUACGAGAAGAACUUUCAUCAUCUGAACGAAGAAUGUCUCAGGCAAAAGAUCUACUACAGAAUGUUGAGGAUGCCAAUUAUGAACUCGAAGAGAAGAUGGCAAACAUGCAAAGAAAAAUUAUCAAUUACCAGCGAGAUGCUGAGAGCGCAUUGAGGCUGAACACAGACCUUAAAGCUGAGCUUGAAGAGGAAAGGUCAAAAGCCAAAAGGUUAAACACAGAGGUUACAAAGCUGAAACAUCGUUUCGAUGAACUUGAAAGAAAUACGGACUUAAAACAGGGAGAGAUCCGUGAUAAAGAUGAAAUCAUUAAGAAUUUGACGGCAUCAUUGGCAGCGAACAAGUUGAGGACUGAUUCUCUUCUGGGUGAGUUGAACAAGAAUCAAGCCCAAAUAGAAAUCUCAGUGGAGGAAAAAAUAGAAAUGCAAGACGAACUUUUCGAAGCACAGAAGAGAAUUCAAGAUGCGGAUACGCAUACUCGACUGAUUACCGAAGAGAACGGGGACCUAAGCCGUGAGGUACGGCGGUUUUAUCAGAGAUUAUCUGAGCUUAAAGCUUCGUACAAAACUUGCGAGCACGAAAAGUUCGAUUUUCAGCAACAGGCCAUGGCUUUGCAGGAGAGGGUU